UGGUUUGUUAUUAAUAUUUAAAGCUAAUAGAGACGGCAAUGAAGAUAUAUAAUGUUCAUACAAUCAUUAAAAGACAUCCGGCUCAAUCUGAGUCUGAUUUUUAUUUAAUAUUAAAAAACCGAGAAUAAAAUAUAGAUUUUGGACUAUCAAAAGUUUAUUGUUAUCAAAAUUUGAAAUAGAAAUUUGUAUUGUUAUUUAAAAAAAGUUUCAAAAGAAGGACUAAUUACAACAUAUAUAUAAUAUAUAUAUAAGUGACACAAUGCCACGUUCGUUCAUGGUCAAGCACGUGAAAAGGCGCUAUGUAAAGAGUAGACCAAAAGCUUCGACAACAGAACUAUCUAAGACAGAAAACCAUUCAACUACAAAUUACAAUGAAAAACAAGAACAUCUACAGAAAGACUGUGAACUUAGUUCAACCUUAACCCCAGCUGAGGAUAUGAAACGUAUGAAGACUUUUUACGACCGAUACCAACCAUUAUUUGACAGAUCGACAACGAUGGCAGAAGAUACUCUGAAUACUGUUUAUUAUAAUGGCUACAGGUAUCUGGAGAGAGACCACAAACUUCUUAGAUACAACUGUGAUUGUUUUGAUUGCAAGCCAUGGUUGAAACCCUACUUUUCACGGUCUGACGAUUUGUUGGAUCAUCAACAUAUCUCACCAUCAAGUACUGGGUCAUUCAGCGAAAAGAAGGAUCCUGAAUUAAAUGACAACGGUUCACCUCAAAGGGCGUUCCGAUGUAAGGAAUGCGGAAAGGGUUUUAAAAGAUCAUCAACUUUAAAUACACACAUGCUGAUCCACAGUGACACACGACCAUACCCUUGCAAUUUUUGUGGAAAAAGGUUUCACCAGAAGUCUGACAUGAAGAAGCACACGUACAUACACACAGGAGAAAAACCACAUAAAUGUCUUGUUUGCGGUAAAGCCUUCAGUCAGUCUUCUAACCUAAUCACCCAUACCAGGAAGCAUACAGGAUUUAAACCAUUUACAUGUGAUAGAUGUGGACGAUCAUUUCAACGUAAAGUUGACCUGAGACGCCAUCAUGAAACAACACAUUAAAUUAAUAACUCAUCUGAAUUAAGAUGCAUAUUACGUUAUCUAGAGAUUUAUUUAUAAAUCUCAUUUACUCAGUCGGCUUAAUUAUUAUGCCUAAAUAUGAACAGCCUGCACCAUCACGCAUAACUUAAUAGGUGACAUCGUUCUGAAAAAGAAGGCGUCUUGGAGAAUUGUGUACUUAUAAUGAAGAUGUACAUUAUUAAACACUAUCCGUUGCUAAAUUUGUACACUGUCGACAUAAAAGUACUGUUUCAUCUCUCAAUGUUUAACAAUCCAUUACCAUAUUAAUAUGAAUUCGUCAGAUGUCUUCAUGUAAAUAGAAUUAUUUAUGGGCACUGUAGAUUCGGACGUUUCAUCAAAUUGAAGCUAGGUUUAUUUAUUUACAGGUAACCUACAUAACGAUUUUGAUGUAUUGU